AUGCUACCUGGAAUACCAAGUAUAUUAUAUAGAGAUGAGAUAGGUAUCGAAGAUUGUGAAUGUCAGGAUCACAAAGCUUUGGCGCACGUGCAUAAUCUAGUUCCUAUGUAUUGGGAGAAGAAGAACAGCCCCGGUAGUAGUUUUUCACCCUUAGGAAUUACUACUUGGUUACUAGAAGCUAGGAAACCCAUGGAAACUAGUUUAAUAGGCACUGUUGAAGAAAUGACAAGACUAAGAGCAGAAACUACAUUCAUUUAUGUUAAAGCGGUAUUAAGAGAGGGUCAAAUUAAGGUAAAUUGUGAUGUUAGAAAUCAAAAAUAUGCGGGGACGUCACAAAAAGAUUUAGACAAUCUAAGAGAUCAUAUCAUGUUUCCUGCGGAGAAAAUAGCCGUACUUCAUACCAUCGCCAGAGGAUUCACAGGACAAACAUUUCAAUCCGACACAGUAUCGUUACAAGAUCUAUUGGAUGAAAAUUCAUUAAACAAAAUAUACAGUAACACGUUAACCAAGAUUUGGGAUGGUUUUACUACCUUCGGCGCUGCGACAGCCGGAGUAUUUGGCAUAUUUAUUAUUAUAAGAAUUAUAAAAAUUGUAUUUGAUACACUUAUACAUGGUUAUGCGUUACACGCUGCAUAUGGAUGCAGUCUACAUUUACUAGGAGCCAUAUGGAGUUCUUUUACACACUUACUUUUAUAUCUUGCGAAUAGACCACAAACAGACACAAACACACCGACAACACCGAAAGAAACCUGCGACCAAAAUACAGAGACUAAUGCGCCGUCGAACGAACCACAGGAAAUUCCAAUCGUUUAUACAUUUAGGGACUUACGUGCCAGAUUAGAUGAAUAAAUUUCUCCAUAUUCAUUCUGAAAUUUAAUUUAAGGGGGGUGGUGUGACGUCCCCGCAUAUUUUUGAUUUCUAUAAAUAAUGAUAAAUAAAUAUAACAUAUGUAGCGGACGUUUUCUAAAUUCAUAUGUAUAAAUUUUAAAGUAUUAUUCAAUAAUUAAUUUUUGAUCACCCGGUAUAUAGACUUAACGUAUAUGCUCCCGCACAUAUGACUAAUAAAUAAGGCACUGAGAUUUAUUCAUCUAAAAAAUAGUAGUAAGAUAGAAUUAAUUAAUUUUAGGACACCUAGUAUAUAAGCAAGUAUAUUUAAUAAGUAUAAAAAAUUAAUUUGCAAUAUAUAAU